UGAAAAAAUAUUAUUGCAGAUUUGAAGGCUUUAUUUCCUAAUGGCAAACACCAUUCAAAUAAAUAAGUUCAUUAGGGUCCCCUCUUGCUCCCAAAAGUAACCUGAAUAAUAUUCUAAAACUAAAGAGAAUAGUCAUCAAUAGUAUGCACAAAACCCUUUCCUCUUCUCAUUCCCAAUGCAUUCAUAAUACCAUAAAACAAAAUAUACUUAUAUUAUAGUGACACCAUUAUCUCACUUCCUUGCUAUCUCCAAGUUACAAUGAAAAUAUUCAAAUUCUUUUACUUCAUUAAUCUUCUCAUUCUUCUCUCUAUUUUCAUCCCAUCAUCAUCAUCAUCAUUACCAAUUGAUCCUUAUUCACAAGCACUCUUGAGUCUAAAAUCUGAGCUUAUAGAUGACAACAACAACUUGGAUGAUUGGGUGGUUCCCUCAGGAAUCAACUUAACUAAAAAUGGAAGUUCCUAUGCUUGUUCUUGGUCUGGUAUCAAGUGUAACAAAGACUCACUUGUAACUUCCAUAAACCUUUCCAUGAAGAAACUAGGAGGGACAAUAUCAGGUAAAGGAUUCAGUGUCUUCACAAAUGUUAUUGAUUUCAACCUAAGCUAUAAUUUCUUCUCCGGGAAUCUUCCACCAGAAAUUUUUAACCUCACAAGCUUGAAAAGCUUGGACAUAAGCAAAAACAAUUUUUCAGGUCAAUUCCCAAAAGGAGUUUCAAAACUUAAAAAUUUGAUUGUACUUGAUGCACUUAGCAACAGCUUUUCAGGUCAAUUACCUGCCGAAAUUUCAGAAUUGGAAUAUCUUAAGAUUCUUAACCUAGCUGGAAGUUACUUCAGAGGAGCAAUUCCAUCUGAAUAUGGCUCUUUCAAAAGCCUUGAGUUUCUUCAUCUAGCUGGAAAUUCUCUAUCAGGAAAUAUACCUGCCAAUCUUGGUAAUCUUCAAACACUGACUCACAUGGAAAUUGGCUACAAUUUUUAUCAGGGCUUCAUUCCACCGCAAAUAGGUAAUUUGAGCAAGCUGAAGUAUCUUGACAUAGCAGAUGCUAAUCUUUCUGGUUCUAUUCCAAAGGAACUUUCCAAUCUCACAAGUUUGCAAUCACUUUUUCUCUUCAAAAACCAACUCACAGGAUCAAUACCAAGUGAGCUCAGCAGAAUUAAACCUCUCAAAGAUUUAGAUCUCUCGGAUAACUUCCUUUCAGGGUCCAUUCCGGAAAGUUUUUCAGAGUUGAAGAAUUUAAGACUUCUUAGUCUAAUGUACAAUGAGAUGAGUGGAACUGUUCCAGAAGGCAUUGGAGAACUCACAUUCUUGGAAACUCUUCUUAUUUGGAAGAAUAAUUUCUCUGGAUUUCUCCCAAAGAGUUUAGGACAAAACUCCAAACUCAAAUGGCUGGAUGUCUCCACAAACAAUUUCAAUGGCAGCAUACCACAAGACAUUUGUCUCGGUAGAGUACUCUACAAGCUAAUUCUGUUUUCAAACAAAUUCACUGGAAGUCUCUUCUCGAUCGCGAAUUGUUCUUCCCUUGUUCGACUUCGCGUCGAAGAUAAUUCAUUCUCAGGUGAAAUCCCUUUAAAAUUCAGCCAUCUUCAUGAUAUCACAUAUGUCGAUUUGUCAUCGAACAGUUUUGUUGGAGGGAUUCCCUCAGAUAUUUCUCAAGCCACUCAAUUGGAGUACUUCAAUGUCUCUUACAAUAAGCAAUUAAGAGGCAACAUCCCUACACAAAUAUGGUCUCUACCACAACUUCAAAAUUUCUCAGCAUCUUCUUGUGGCAUUUUAGGCCAUCUUCCUUCAUUUGAGUCCUGCAAAUCAAUUUCGGUAAUCGAUCUUGAUCGAAACAACUUAUCUGGAACAAUCUCAAAUAGUGUUUCCAAGUGUCAAGCUCUUGUAACAAUCAAAUUAUCUAACAAUAAUUUGACAGGUCAAAUACCUGAAGAGCUUGCCAAUUUACCUAUUCUCAAAUUUGUAGAUUUAUCUAACAAUAAGUUCAUUGGCAUCAUACCUGCAAAGUUUGGCAGUUCAUCAACUUUACAACUUCUCAACGUGUCUUUCAACAAUAUCUCGGGUUCAAUACCAAAAGGAGAGGCAUUCAAGUUAAUGGAUAGCAGUGCUUUUGUUGGAAAUCCAGAGCUAUGUGGAGCACCAUUAAGACCAUGUUUUGAGUCUCUGGGAAUAUUAGGCAGCACAGGGACUUGGAAGCUUACACAAAUUGUGUUACUUUUUGUAGGUUUGUUAAUAAUCCUUCUGGUGUUCGCUUUUGGAAUACUUCACUUCAGAAAGGGAUUCAAGAGUUAAUGAAAAAUGGUUUCAUUGUUUCUUAUGCACGUUGGUAUGCAUAAGAAACAAGUGUUACUUUUCAAAUGGCAGAAAAUGAAGCAAUGAAUGAGGAACUCUGCAAUGAUGUCUAAACUUUUAGGGAGAUGACUCGGGAAAUUUUGGUCCGCGGAAGGUUGAAAAGUGCAGCAGCUAACAUUCACAGCAAAUCACAUGAAGUGGUCUCUGCGAGUUCAAUGCAAGAGAUUUCUCAUGGUUAAAGAGUUUAGAAGAUGGAAAAGCUUCUAAAUAAGGGAAAGGCAAAAUUUACAUUUGCAUCAAAAUGUUGAAAGCCAUUAGAAAGAAGUGAUUUGCAUAGUUAACAAGUUUGCAGAUGUGUGAUUAGAAGACUUUGUAGCUUGUAUGAUACAUGUUUCCAUUGUUUCAAUGUGUGAUACAUUCAUGUCAAAGUGUUCCUCAACCUACUUAGUAAAAUACUUGAAAUUAA